UGAACAAGAAGCCCAACAGCUUAUAAAUACAUAGCCUAUUCUAAAUCAUCACCACUUCAUUUGGCUCUUUGAUUACAACGAUCAUGGGCAUACUAAAGCAAGGCAGCCACACAUCACCGUCACCACUACUACUUGUACACAUAUUAAUCUUCAUACAGAUAGCUCCUCUGAUUGUUAAAGCUCAGACCCUGAUACCGUCCAAGUACGAUGGGUUCGUCUAUAAGAACAGACCCGUGACCACGGAUUCGAUCAUAAUCGAAGCGUUUCUCGAUCCGGUUUGCAUUGACAGCAAGGACUCAUGGCCACCUUUAAAACAAGCUAUUCAUCACUACCCCUCGGGUUCUAUUUCGCUUAUCGUUCACACCUUUCCUUUACCUUACCAUGACAACGCAUUUGUGACUUCCCGUGCUCUGCACAUUGUAAAUAGCAUUAACAGCUCUGCUACCUACGAUUUGUUGGAUCUCUUCUUUGACGACCAGGAGAGGUUUUACAAUUCACAAACACUCAACGAUUCAAGGGCAUCAGUUGUUAACCAGGUCAUUCAAGUUGCGGCCAAGGCAGUAGGAAAAUCAAACCUUCCUGCCAUCCAAUCUGGCUUCCGUGAUAGUGAAACUAAUUAUGCAACAAGGAAUUCUUUCGAGUACGGUUGUUCAAGAGGGGUAUCCGGGGCACCAUUUUUCUUUGUUAACGGAUUUGUAUUACCCGACGGUGGCUUGGCUAUUACUUACAAAAAAUGGAGAAGCAUUAUUGAUCCACUGGUGGGGAAGGCAAAGCGUAAAGGAAACUCAUUCAAGCGCUUAAGCUUAAAGCAUAGAUAAAAAGUAAAAGCUACUGUAUGUGCUUCAUCUAUCUGGGCACCUAUCAAUUUGGUCUCCAGAGGUAUUUACUUACUGUAGCGUUGUAAUGCUUUUAAAAUGAUGUAAUGCAUCCAAAAACCUGGUUGAAAUAGAUGUUAAUUUAUGAAA